AUGGAAUUACAAGAGAACGCGCCGACCCAAAAUAUCAACACUUUCACCGAGGAGGUCGAACAAGCCAGGGAAGACGAUCGCGUCAAGCUUGGUGAUGCUGCACCAGACUCUAAAACGACAUACAAGGAUAACGCGCCAAUCGCUGCAACUGGUUGGAGAGGUCAGGAGUCACAGCGACCGCGAGCUAUCAGACCGGAUCCCGUUGGCGAUGGUCCGUGGCCUUCCUGCGAUGACCGUGUUUCGCAAUUCGAGGGCACGGCUUACACUUUGGCAGUCAAAGUGAAGAGGGUGUGGUGCAGAACGAUAGGAGUCAUGGCUUUGAUGAACUGCGUGCAAAGCCCCAUUGGAACGUGGACUAUGCCUGCGUUCUGGAAAAGCAGUGGUGAAAGUGCCGACUACACGAUGGGGACACAGGUCGUUUCCAUCAGCCGCAGCGAACCCAGACGAACAGUUCAGCUUAGCUUUUGUAGAGCUUCCAGAUGA